AUGAAAAUAAAUAAGGAACAUUCAUCGGUCGAAUUAAAUGAUUUACCUGAUGAGAUUCUUAUGAUUAUUUUGAAAAAAUUGUGCAAUGUCGAAGUAUUGUACUCUCUAAAAGGUGUUAACAAACGACUCAAUGCAAUUGCACAUGAUCCAAUUUUUACAAAUCGCUUAACGUUGAUGAGACGUGUCUCAGAUCAUCGUACCCAUCCAUUACCUGAUGCAAUACUUGAUCGAUGUUGUUUACAAAUCUUACCUGAAAUUCAUCAUAAAAUCAAAUGGCUUAAUCUUGAAUCAUCAAGUAUGGAACGUAUUCUUCAUGCUACAAAUUAUCCGAAUUUAUACGGACUUGGUUUAUAUGAUAUUGAGAUAAAAAUAGCUCUGUCUCUCUUUAUUGGUAAGAUAUUUUCUUCAACUCUUUCAAUAAUUAGUUAA